AUGUCCCGCAAAAUCACAACUGCCGCUGGCUAUGCGGUGCCACCAGCAUCUCAACACUCGGUAACCGUUCACAUGCCAACAUGGGAGAAAGCGGAAGAAUUUGGCACUGAUUCCUCCAAGAUUAUCGCUAAUCUUCAUAACGCCUAUCCACGAAUGAAGCCUCAUAGGGAUAUCGCCAGUCUAAGUACAGCGGUGCUGAGACUAAUCGGAGCCGAAAACGAGGCCUGCUUUUUAUUCUCCACGCUUCAAUCAGCCACCGAAUGUGUUGAGUAUGCCACAUCUAGCAAGCGGGAUAACGGCGCUGAUAAAAGCCCCGUUCCGGUUGAUCAGAUUCAGAUCAGACCUUUCUCUGCCAAAGACCCGUUCUUUGCAGUUGUUUUCCCUUCUGAUAAGUAUCAUGUCCUGAGAGGUUUUUGGACUACCCCUGGUGCUGCGGUUUCGUCUCGGUUUGCGGAAGCGAACUUGGAGUGGAUAGACCAGCUUACUGAAGUUCCCGUUGUCGAGGAUGAGAAAUCUAGACCGAAAUUUGAGGGCUUGCCGCACAAGGUUUUGCGAGAGAGAAUUGUUUACUACCUUGAGCGAGCUCCCUUAGAUCCCACUCGGCAACCAAGACCAACAACCGAGGAUGUCUAUUUCUUCCCUACAGGCAUGGCUUCAAUCUACAAGCCUCAUUCCUAUAUGCUGAAACACUACCAUGGUACCACCAUCCUUUUCGGCAUGGCCUUCAUGCAUACACUCAACACAUUCCAGGAGUUUGGUCCGGGUUACAAGUUCUUUGGUCUCGGGUCAGAUGAGGACUUGUGCGAACUGGAACGCUAUCUUGAGGAAGAACGUAGCUAUGGCCGUAAAGUGCAAGCGAUUUGGGCCGAGUUCCCCGCUAACCCGAUUCUUGUAUGUCCGAACAUCACCAAGCUCCGGGAGCUGGCUGACAAGUACGAUGUGGUACUCGCAAUCGACGAUACGAUAGGAAGCUGGGCCAACAUCGACAUCACACACAUGGCAGACAUGCUGGUCACCUCGCUCACCAAGUCCUUCAAUGGCUACGCCGACCUCAUUGCGGGGAGUGCGGUCCUCAAUCCUGCUUCUCACAAGUACCGUGAGCUCAAAUCCCUCUUCGAUAAGUACUACGUUCCGGAGUUGUACAUCGACGAUGCGGAAGCCCUCGAGCGAAAUAGCCGCGACUACCUGACUCGCACGGCCAAGCUCAACCACAACGCCAACUCGCUCGUGCAAUAUCUCCAAUCCUGUGCGGAGGACCCGAACAGCGCCAUUUUCCAAGUGCACUACCCCACCGUGAAUCCUUCGGGGAAGCACUUCAAGCAGUUCAUGCGCCCUUCUACGGAAGAGUUCACUCCCGGCUACGGCUGUCUCUUCACAGUGGAAUCCGAGGAUCUCGCGACUACGGCGACGUUCUACGAUAACCUCAACGUUCAUAACAGCGUGCACCUGGGCGCCCCCUUUACGCUUGCGAUCGCGUACACCAUGUGCACGUACAAGAAGCAGCUCGACUGGGCGGCUCGGUACGGGUUGAGGCCCACGCAGAUCAGGAUAUCGGCUGGGCUCGAAAACACGGAUGAGCUAUUGGAGGAUUUUCGAAUCGCGGUCGAAGCGUCAAAUCGAGCUAAGAUAGCUCGACAAGGCGAUGUCAUAGAAUACAAUAAGGCUGAGCAGUGAACUUGAUCAAGAUGCUGGAUGAACGGGGAAGGGAAACUAGGAGUAAGGGGCGGGAGAGAAAUAGAUACCAGGUACCUAGGUACCUAGACCUAACUUUCCAAAAUAUUUUAAUACAACUAGUUUUAUGAGAUUCACAUUAUUAGCAUAGGUAGAAUCAGC